AUGAAGGCCCAGACCAUCAUCGCCAGUUUGUUCUCCGCCUGCGUUGCUGCAUCCGUGGUUCCACUCAAUGGUGGCACCAAGACCGUCGAGUUGAGCGGCAGCCAGCUCCAGAGCGCGCUUGCCAAGUACGGCAAGGAUGCUAGCUUUGAUGUCAAUCAGGUCAUUAAUUGUACCGUUUCGUACACCCUCGCACUCAGCACUGGGGGACCUCCAUACACCAUUGACCUCGCCAGCCUGGACCUGACCAACUGCACCUAUACCUAG